CUGUCUACGCGAUAAAAGGAGGCGGCACCGCUGCGUGGGGCUGAGUUUAAAAGGUGCGGCCCCUAUACAGGGAAGCGCCUAUCUGCGCUGGUUAGAGCAGAUUGAGGCGGAGCCGGAGCUCCGUCCUUGCCCGGGUUCUCACCUCAGCACCGCGGCCAUCUCCACCAUGCAGUCUCGGGAAGACGCUCCGCGCUCUCGCCGCCUCUCCAGUCCCCGUGGUGGGAGGCGGCCCAAGAGGAUUUCCAAGCCCUCAGUUUCGGCUUUUUUCGCGGGCCCUGAGGAGCUGAAGGACACGGCCCAUUCUGCAGCCCUGCUGGCACAGCUCAAGUCCUUCUACGACGCGCGGCUGCUGUGUGAUGUGACCAUCGAGGUGGUGACGCCUGGCAGUGGGCCUGGCACGGGCCGCCUCUUCCCCUGCAACCGUAACGUGCUGGCUGCCGCGUGUCCCUACUUCAAGAGCAUGUUCACCGGCGGCAUGUACGAGAGCCAGCAGGCAAACGUGACCAUGCACGAUGUGGAUGCCGAGUCCUUCGAGGUGUUGGUCGAAUACUGCUACACGGGUCGCGUGUCGCUAAGCGAGUCCAACGUGCAGCGCCUUUAUGCAGCCUCGGACAUGUUACAGCUCGAGUACGUGCGGGAAGCCUGUGCCUCCUUCCUAGCCCGCCGCCUUGACCUGGCCAACUGCACCGCCAUUCUCAAGUUCGCCGACGCCUUCGACCACCACAAGCUGCGCUCACAGGCCCAGUCCUUCAUCGCCCACAACUUCAAGCAGCUCAGCCGGAUGGGUUCGAUUCGGGAGGAGACCCUGGCAGAUCUGACUUUGGCCCAGCUGCUGGCCGUGCUGCGCCUGGAUAGUUUAAACAUCGAGAGUGAGCAAACGGUGUGUCACGUGGCGGUGCAGUGGUUGGAAGCGGCUCCCAAGGAGCGGGGUCCCAGCGCUGCGGAAGUCUUCAAGUGUGUCCGCUGGACACACUUCACUGAUGAAGAUCAGGAUUACCUGGAAGCGCUGCUAACCAAGCCCAUUGUGAAGAAGUACUGUCUGGACCUUAUUGAAGGGGCCCUGCAGAUGCGAUAUGGUGACAUACUGUACAAGUCUCUGGUGCCAAAGCCAGAGUGCAGCAGCAGCUCUGUUGUUUCUGCAGCAGAAAAUCCACCCCAGAGGCUGGGUGUGUGUGCCAAGGAGAUGGUGAUCUUCUUUGGACAUCCCAGAGAUCCCUUUCUCUGCUAUGACCCAUACUCAGGGGACAUUUACACAAUGCCCUCACCUUUGACCAGCUUGGCCCACACUAAGACUAUCACCUCCUCAGCUGUCUGCGUCUCUCCAGACCAUGACAUCUAUCUAGCUGCCCAGCCCAGGAAAGACCUCUGGGUGUAUAAACCAGCCCAGAACAGUUGGCAGCAACUUGCAGAUCGCUUGCUCUGCCGUGAGGGCAUGGAUGUGGCAUACCUUAAUGGGUACAUUUACAUCUUGGGUGGGCGAGACCCUAUUACUGGAGUUAAAUUGAAGGAAGUGGAAUGCUACAGUGUUCAGAGAAACCAGUGGGCACUGGUGGCUCCUGUUCCCCACUCCUUCUAUUCCUUCGAAUUAAUAGUGGUUCAGAACUAUCUUUAUGCUGUGAACAGUAAACGCAUGCUCUGCUAUGAUCCUAGUCACAAUAUGUGGUUGAACUGUGCUUCUCUUAAACGUAGUGACUUUCAGGAAGCCUGUGUCUUCAAUGAUGAGAUCUAUUGCAUCUGUGACAUCCCCGUCAUGAAGGUCUAUAACCCAGCCAGGGGAGAAUGGCGGAGGAUUAGUAAUAUUCCCCUGGACUCAGAGACCCACAACUAUCAGAUUGUCAAUCAUGGCCAAAAGUUGCUUCUCAUCACUUCUACCACCCCACAAUGGAAAAAAAACCGGGUGACUGUGUACGAAUAUGAUACUAGGGAAGACCUAUGGAUUAAUAUAGGCACAAUGUUAGGUCUUUUGCAGUUUGACUCGGGCUUUAUUUGCCUCUGUGCUCGUGUUUAUCCUUCUUGCCUUGAACCUGGUCAGAGUUUCAUCACUGAGGAAGAUGAUGCACGGAGUGAGUCUAGUACUGAAUGGGACUUAGAUGGAUUCAGUGAGCUGGACUCUGAGUCAGGAAGUUCAAGUUCUUUUUCUGAUGAUGAAGUCUGGGUGCAGGUAGCACCUCAGCGAAAUGCACAGGAUCCGCAGGGCUCUUUGUAAAUAUUUGGAAACACUACAGGUGAUUCUACUGCUAUGGAAUGUAUUUUAAAAAGAUAUCCUUUCCUUUUCCUGAAAAAAAAAUUGAUUAGUACCACAGAUUUGGUUUAGAAAGCGUAAUGUUGAAUUACUUAUGUAACGUUCCAAAAUUUAAAAACAGUCCACAAAAUUAACCUAUAUAAUAAUUUACUGUGCUAAAAGUCGAGAUUAAAAUAUGCAAAAAAUGAAGUGUACAAUUGAUUAAAAUGCUUGGUGGUUUUUUUCAUUGUUCAAGUAUUCAUUGUACCAGUGAAUUGUUAUGGUUAGUUACACUGCUUAUAUUUUGGUUAUCUAAUUUAGUCUUCAGUUAACUUUUUAAUUCUAUUUAGUGCCACGAGGCAUUUAACUUUUUAAGUUUUAUAAUAGAAAAUUGGACUAGAAAGUGUUGCUAUGGUUUUGAAGGUUUAUAUUUUCCUUCAGAAUAAUGAAAAUAGAUUUACCAAAUUCUAAAGUAGUCAGUUUUUAGUAUUCUAGGUUAAUAUAGUUUGUUAAAUUUGGUUUCGUUUUCUUCCCUUUUGCAAAGGAAAGAAAUUGAACAUAUAAAGAUUAUUAAAUAGCGAUUUCAUUUUGAUAUAGUGCAGAAUGGUCUUAAGAGCUCACAGAAAAUAAAAAUAAAUCAGGAUUCCACUGUUUUAAAAGAAAUUUAGCUUCUAAUUUUGGAAUAUAAAAUGUAUAUUUAAUAAAUGUGACCAUUUUUUAAUCUAAAACACAUCCAUUCUAGUAGUGUCACCAAUUAUUUAAACACCCUUCUAAACCAAAAGAGAAAUAAAUAACUUAAUUUGUAAGUUCAUAUUUUUAUCUCUCCCUGAUACAUGCUUCAUUGAAUCAGAGGAACAAUCCUUUUUUUCAUUGGACAUUUGAUUAGGUAAUAGAAAUUUUUAUCCAUUGGUUAUGCCUUGUCUUAAAAAUUUUAUAAGCUUUCCUAAAAUAAUUUGGCUGUAUGGUUUGGUAUUUGUCUUAGAGGAUUUUUUAGGACGAGGUGAUUUAUUCUUUACUGUUUUGUGAGGUAAUAUUGGUUUUGAAAAUAUGUAUAAGCUAAAAACAGUAUUUUAUUGAGAGGAGUAGUUAUUGUGUCUAUCAACUAUAAAAUUAAUUGCCAGCCAGCAGAGAACUUUAAAACUUUAAGCUGUGUAUAGAACAGUUUUGUGUAGCGUUGAAAUAUUCUGUCAGUUUUGUAAGUAACUAUAAAUGAUUAUCAGCUUGAAGGUAUUUUUGUAUUAAAAGUUGACAGUUAAAGAACAUAGUGGAUGAUGGCAUUUGGGGCCAAUAGUGAAAAUAUAUUUCCUCUAAAAUAUUUCCCUAAGCAGUGCUACGUAUACAUGUUUAUUUUAUUAGGGUAUUUGUAUCUGCUCUGUAUUUCUCUGUGAACCAUGCUGUAGUCUUUGUUAUUUGUGUUUGUCUUCUUUUGUUUGUUUGUUUUUGUAUCACCAUAAUGUAAGGGAAAGUCCAGAAUAGAAACGAAAUUGCACAAACACGACACUUAAAUACAAGAACAUACAGGUGCUUACCUUUUGAGGGUCUGUAAAUACAUACGAUUGUCAUAAUAUACAUGAUAAAUGGUGUACAUAUACAAAUGUUUAUGGUUAUAAGUUUUUCUAUACCCACUUAGAAUUAUUCUAUCUUGAAUCUUUGUUUAACAACAUGCUAACUCCUCUUCUGUGUUUAUUCUCUACUGACUGAAUGCUGACAUUUCUUAUUACCCUGGCAGAGUAUGGAGGAGUGUGCUCUGGGAUGGGGAACUGAAUUUUGAAUGAAAAAAGAGUGACAGAGAAAAGAUUAAAACAAAACAAACACACAGAUAAUUUCUUUUUUAGCUAUUUUAAUUGGCUAUUUGAAGAGUCCACAAGACAUUCCUGUUUAACAUUAUUUCUAGUGAAAUAAAGCAAGUAUGCUUUAGUGGCCUGAGGCUCACUUUUGUUCCAUUUGAUAUCAGGGAUGGUACUAAGCACUGCUCAUCACAUAGAAAGUUAUUUCUCAGUAGUGUUAGAUUUUGGCCACCUUUUCUUCACCAUUAACUUCUUGUUGAUAGCUUUUUGUUUUGUAAGGUUGAAAUAGGACGAUGCUUAAUUACCUUAACCAGAUUAUUCAUCUGCAGAAUUAAGGUAUGCAACCGACUGAUACAAGACAGAUUGUCUAAAUUGUCAUUCUCAACCUUUUAGUUAUAAGCUAGUAAGUAGUAAUAUUUGGUUUACAAAGAGGUUUUCUUGGGAAGGAUUUUGGUUUUGUGAUAUGCUUGUGAAUUAGGGAAUAGAUGUUAAUCAUUAUUUUAAAGAUAAGUGAUCUGUACAUGGUUAGUUUCAAAUAAAACUGGCACUAGAACCCAGGUCUUCUGACCUCUUAAUUUAGUGUUUCUGCUGAAUGUAUGAAAGCCUUACUCAUGCAGUAAGUGACCCAACGAUCAGUGUUGAAAUCCCCUCCUGACAGGAAAGCACCUUUGUCUCAGUUUUACAAUUAAUUGGCACAUCUUUUAAAAAAUGCUCAGUAGGUCAUUUUCGGGACUACUAUCUGUAAGACUUAGAAUAAUCUUACUUAUUUUUUGUAUCUGUGUGCCUCUUGGGAAUUCAAAUUGUUUCAAUACUUAAAAUUUGAAUAAUAAAUGGCAUUAGUGUUCCCAAAGGGGUAAAAUAAAAGGCUAAUUUUUAGCAAAUAACUUGUUUAAUUUGGGUUUAGGAUUAAAUUUAAAUUAUUAAUCACUGCUCAAUAAACUAGGAAUCAGUGUUUUGCCUGAUGUCAUUUUUACCAAUUUGUACUGAAAUGAGGAAAAAAUAUAAAACGCAAUGAAUGAGUUAUAAACUAAAAUUAUUUAAUUGAAUUUGUUUUAAUGUUCAUACAUUGGAAAUAUAAAAAGUUUGCAGCUCUAUGUCAAUCCCCUAAACUUUGAAAGAAAGUUUACUUAUCUUUGAAAUGCUCAAGUGUGAUAACCAGAAUGUAGACAUCUACAGUCUGCUUUAGAUUUGAACUCCUGGAAGCAUUUUAUGUUGUGUGCUUCUUUUUUUAAGUUAAUGGUCUUUUUCUUGGGAAAAAAAAAUAAAAAGAUUAGCAUUUACAACUUGGAGUGAACGUAAAUUGUAAUUUCUUGAACAGCAGUGUUGAUGGUUGUGCUGAUGUCCACAACUACAACCGUUUGCUGGCUCCAAAGCAUGGUUCAGAAGGUUUUAAAAACAGG